AUGGAUGAGUACAUUGAGGAUACAAAUGCUAUUGUACCUCCGGUUGUUGGAAUUCCUGAUGAUGAUCCGACACGACAUCUUAGAAACUUCUUGGGUGUGUGUGCGAUGCAUAAGCAGAACAACGUCUCAGAUGAUGCCCUAAGGUUGAGGGUGUUCAAGUACUCACUAGCUGGGGACGCGAGGAAGUGGCUUCAAAACUUGCCACCAAAUUCCAUUCAUUCUUGGCCUGAACUUGUCCGAGCAUUCUUAGCUAAAUGGUUCCCGCAAAGCAAGAAAUCUGAGCUUCGGGAUAAAAUUUUCUUCUUCAAGCAACUACCGGGAGAACAUCUACACGAAACAUGGGAUCGAUUCAAGUUAUACUUGGUGAGGUCGCCCAAUCAUGGUUUUCCGGACUCUAUCUUGUUGGAGAAAUUCUACAUAGGUUUAGAUGCUAUGAACCAAUCUAUAGCCAAGAAUGCAGCUGAUGGAUCUUUUAUGGACAAGAAAUUCACAAGGAUCACACAAAUCCUUGACAAAAUGGCACAACACAAUCAAGCUUGGCACUCAGAGGACACCACAGGUGGAAUUCCAUAUGGUUCUCCCUCCUUGACCAACCUGAUUAAGGAGAAUCAAGAGAGAGAUCAAGUAAUCGCAGGGCUUGCCACCAAUGUCAAUGUGUUGACAAAGAUGUUCACUGAAAGCCAAACGAAGAAGGUAAAUGCAGUGGAGGAUGUGCAACCCAUAUCAAAUGAAGACUUUGAAGAAGCAAACUAUGUCAACAACUCUCAAGGAGGAUAUCAAAGGCAACAAUACCAAGGUCAAGGACAACAAAAUCAAUGGAGGCCUAACCCGCAAGGGCAAGGCAACCAACAGUGGCUAAAUGACCAAGGGUCCUCAAGUGAUUCCAAGUUGGAAAGCAUGCUUGAACGGGUAUUGCAAAAGCAAGAGAGGUCCGACACUUCUAUAAGGAAUAUGACCGAGCUUGUGGGAUCUCAUACCGUAUCCAUUCAAAAAUUGGAGAUGCAAAUGAGAUACCUCUCUAGGGGACAAAAUCCAAAGCAAAAGGGAACACUCCCUAGUGACACAAUUGCGAACCCAAAGGGUAGCGGAUGUGGUCCAACUUCUCAUAUCAUGGCAAUUACUACUCGGAGUGGGAAGGUACUACAAGGAGAGAUUGAACAAGUGGAUGAAGUAAAAGAGUCCAAAAAAGAGGUUGAGGUUGAAGAGCAAAGGGUUGUUGAAGUUGAAAAGGUUCCGGAAGAGUUGAAAGUUCAAGAAGUGAAUCGGGAAGAGGUAAAGGAAAAGGUAAAAGAGACACCAAAAGCUCUACCACCUAUUCCUAGACCUCCUCCUCCUUUUCCUCAAAAACUUGCGAGGAAGGUUGAUGAUAGCAAACUCAAAAAAUUCUAUGACAUUCUCAAACAGUUAUCGGUAAACAUUCCAUUCGUGGAAGCAUUUCAAGAGAUGCCGGGUUUUGCUAAAUAUUUGAAGGACUUGAUCACAAAGAAGAGAACCACCAAGAAUGAAGUGCAAGCGGGAUUAAGUAUGUCGAGGCCUACAAGUAUGAGGUUGCAAAUGGUCGAUCGUUCUAUAAAGAGACCGGUGGGAAUUGUUGAUGAUGUGCUUGUAAAAGUGGGAGAGUUCCAUCUACCCGCCGAUUUCGUAAUCCUUGAUUGUGCAGUUUGUCGAUGCCCCAUUUUUCUCAUGAAAUAG